GCGAGUGGAGCGGACAGAGCUGUCGCAGCGGGAGGUCUGCCGCCAGAGGAGACUGCUCGAUGCCGCGAUGCAGCCCGUAGUCCGGCUGCACAGAGCAGUGUGUCCUGCAGACGUCCAGCAACUGAUGGUGAAUAAAGAAGAGGUUCCCCCUGAGCCGCAGCAGUGGAGCCCCCUUGUGGACCAGGAGGACCCAGAGCCCCCCCACAUUAAAGAGGAACAGGAGGAACCGUGGACCACUCAGGAUGGACAGCAGCUUCAAGGACUGGAGGAGGCUGAUAUCAAGUUCACAUUGACUCCUGUCACUGUGAAGAGUGAAGAAGAUGAAGAGAAACUUAAAUCGUCAACGCUUCCUCUGAGUGAGAGGAAAGAGAACAGAGCGAACUGUGGAGGACCAGAACCAGCCAGGAACUUAGGUCCUGAUGGACGUUUACAACCAGGUCCUGAGGACAAUACUGAAGACUCUUCUGAGACUGAAGUCAGUGAGGAUGAUUGGAUGGAGACCAGGGAACCUCAGACUGGUUUAAAUACAAGAAAUAACACAAAGCCUUUAAGUGAUAUGGGAUGUAAGACAGAAAAAAUAAAAUUUAGUUGCUCUGAGUGUGGUAAAAGAUUUAACCAUAGGGGCAAUCUAAAUAAUCAUAUGAGGAUUCAUACAGGAGAGAAGCCGUUUAGUUGCUCUGAGUGUGGUAAAAGAUUUUACCAAAGGUGCAGUCUAAAUAUACAUAUGAGGGUUCAUACAGGAGAGAAACCGUUUGGUUGCUCUGAGUGUGGUAAAAGAUUUAGUGAAAGGGGCAAUCUAAAUACACAUAUGAGGAUUCAUACAGGAGAGAAAUCUUUUAGUUGCUCUGAGUGUGGUAAACGAUUUAACCAUAGGAGCAGUCUAAAUAUACAUAUGAGGGUUCAUACAGGAGAGAAACCGUUUAGUUGCUCUGAGUGUGGUAAAAGAUUUAACCAUAGGAGCAGUCUAAAUAUACAUAUGGGGAUUCAUACAGCAGUGAAACCGUUUAGUUGCUCUGAGUGUGGUAAAAGAUUUAACCAUAGGAGCAGUCUAAAUAAACAUAUGAGGAUUCAUACAGGAGAGAAACCGUUUAGUUGAUCUGAGUGUGGUAAAAGAUUUAAGAUUCAGUCCUACUGUAAGAGACGUGAGGAUUCAUAAAGGAGAGAAGUGAUUCAGUUGCAACCUUUGCAACAAAAGUUUAAUUAAGAAUUAUCAGCAGAUAUUCAUUUUAUACAUAUUCCUAGUUCACUGUUUUAAAUAGACUAUUAACAGUUUUUAUGUCCGUAGAAAAUAUAAUUCAUUGAAUAACACGAAAGAUUUUUGUUUAUAUAUCUUUUUUUCUACUGAUUACUACAUGAUUUUUCUAUUUUCAUGGUGCUUCAUUUGCUCUACUUCGCCAUCAAGUGGACAUUUAAUGUAAUGAAGAUCGGUAUAUCAGGGUUCUCGUCUGGGCUCUCGGGGGCACCGUUGAGCCAUUUUGCCACGCCCAUUGAAAAUUCCUCCAGAAUACGUAUAUUUUAACCACUAUCUAAUUUCUGAAAAUUUGAUAAGAAUUUGAGCAUGUUAAAGCCCUCAAAAAGCCAAUUCAAUUAACUGAAUAAUAAUCAUAAUAAUAAUAAUUCUUACAAUUUCAAUAGGGCCUCACUGUCUGUCAGUGCCUGUCAGUGCUCGGGCCCUAAUUAAAAUUACACUAUGGCUUUGGUGUGUGUGAAGCUUUGAAUUGAAUAAAUUAAUGAAUGAGGUUUGUAAUGCCAAUGAAUAAAUGAUGAACUUAUUAAUAUGGUGUCUGUCUUUGUAAUACAAUGGUGGGGUCAAAAGGGAAAGUGUUUUUGAUGUGAAUAUGCUUGUGUUACUUGGUUUGUGACUGUGCUUAUGUGUGUGGGGACAAAAUGUAAUACGUACAAUAGUGAUAACUGUUUAUUUAUUUUGAUUAAAAAACCACAGCUUUUCAACAGUG